UUACAGAGAAUUUUUUGCAUCUAGGAUUGGGGUAAUGAAAGGUUGACUCGAGCGCAACGUGCAGUAGAAGCGAACGUUUACGAUGUGGAUUCGUGGUCUUUACUAAUCAGAGAAGCGCAGACGAGACCCAUCAACGAAGUUCGUUCGAUGUACGAGAAGUUGAUUACGGCAUUCCCCACGACUGGCCGUUUUUGGAAAAUUUACAUAGAACAGGAGAUGAAAGCGAGAAACUUUGAAAAAGUGGAAAAGCUGUUUCAGAGAUGUCUGAUGAAGAUCCUGAACAUUGAGCUCUGGCGACUGUACCUCAACUAUGUUAAGGAAACCAAAUGCAUGCUGCCCACCUACAAGGAAAAAAUGGCGCAGGCUUACGACUUCGCCCUGGAAAAAAUUGGUCUAGAUAUCCACGCGUACCCGAUAUGGAACGAUUAUGUAACAUUUCUGAAGGGUGUGGACGCCGUUGGGUCCUAUGCUGAGAAUCAGAAAAUAUCUGCCGUUAGGAAGGUCUACCAGAGAGCUGUAAUUACGCCUAUCAUCGGAAUUGAAACACUUUGGAAAGAUUACAUAGCAUUUGAACAGAGUAUCAACACUAUCAUAGCCGAAAGAAUGGCGAUGGAAAGGUCUCGGGAAUAUAUGAAUGCACGUCGCGUCGCUAAAGAACUAGAAACUGUAACCAGAGGAUUGAACAGGAACAUGCCCGCCACACCGCCUACCGUUGACCGAGAAGAAAUGAAACAGGUGGAGCUAUGGAAGAAAUACAUAACGUGGGAACGCAGUAAUCCCCUACGUUCUGAAGACACGGCGUUAGUAGCGCGCCGUGUAAUGUUCGCCAUAGAACAAGGUUUGCUAUGUUUAGCUCACCAUCCAGACGUGUGGCAUCAGGCAGCGCAGUUCUUGGAUCAUUCCGCUAAAUUACUUCAGGAGAAAGGGGACUCUAACGCGGCCCGUUUAUUCUCGGACGAAGCUGCAGCUGUAUAUGAGAGGGCCACAAGCGGUCCACUUAAACAUUCCACUCUGUUGCAUUUCGCACACGCCGACUAUGAAGAAAGCAGACUUCACUACAACAAAGUACAUCAAGUGUAUACCCGAUAUUUGGACAUGGAGGACAUCGAUCCUACGCUAGCUUACGUACAAUAUAUGAAGUUCGCCCGUCGCGCGGAGGGUAUUAAAUCCGCUAGGACAGUAUUCAAGAGAGCCAGGGAGGAUCCCAGAUCAAGAUACCACGUGUUCGUGGCGGCCGCCCUGAUGGAGUACUACUGUUCAAAAGAUAAGAAUAUCGCGUUCAGAAUAUUCGAGUUGGGCCUAAAGAAGUUUUCACACAUUCCUGAAUAUGUGCUGUGCUAUAUAGACUACCUGUCGCAUCUUAACGAGGAUAACAAUACUCGUGUGCUAUUCGAGCGGGUGUUAUCGUCUGGAAGUUUGAAGCCUGAAAGCUCUGUGGACAUAUGGAAUAGGUUCUUGGAGUUCGAGUCCAAUAUUGGUGAUCUUGUGUCCAUAGUCAAAGUUGAGAAGAGGCGGCAAGCUGUCUUAGAAAAGAUCAAGGAGUUUGAGGGCAAAGAGACGGCUCAACUCGUGGAUAGGUACAAAUUCUUGGAUCUGUACCCUUGCAGUAUAGCUGAAUUAAAAUCAAUUGGCUACACUGAGGUUGCAUCCAUGUCGAACAAGUCUUGGGCUCUGGGCGGUCCACUAGCGGGCAUAUCUCCGGAACUAGCAGCUGUUAUACUAGGUCAAAAGGAUAAUGAUCCAAAUAAAGACAUAGCUCGUCCCGACACCAAUCAAAUGAUCCCGUACAAGCCUAAAGUCAACCCGUUACCAGGAGAACAUCCUAUAUCAGGCGGAGCUUUCCCAAUGCCUCCAGCUGCUGCCCAUCUCUGUACAUUGAUGCCGCCACCGACAAGUUUCCGUGGACCGUUCGUACACGUGGACAGACUGAUACAUCUGUUCAAUAGGAUUUCUUUACCUGACAAACCUCCUGCGCCGACUCAAGAGAACGGCUGUGACACUAAAUUGUUUGAUCUAGCGAGAUCUGUGCAUUGGAUAGUGGAUGACGAUGGAAUCACUACAGUUGCCAACAAGGUGAGAUCUUCUUUUCAUUUAGAACCGGUUGUUCUUGUGAAAUGAAUUUCGUAUAAAUGAUAAAUUAACUUUUGAACUAUUAUAGAAAAUCAAUUAGUAAUUUCUACGUGUCCUUAUAAGUAUUGCUCUCAUUCAGCUAAUCUUACAAAAUAAUUUAUAUUUCCUUACAGUCCCGUCGCAGGAAAGCAGGUGAAGAUUCUGAUGACGAUGACUUGGGCAUCGCACCGCCGGUCAACGACAUAUAUAGGCAAAGACAACAGAAGAGGGUCAAGUAGACAAGAACGUAGCUAUAAAUGGGAAUGAUACAACAAUAACAUGUCUAUUAUGUUGUAUAUUCGACUUUAAUUAUGAGCGUAUGAAAUUUUUAAAACAAAUCUAUGAAUAUACAAUAGUUUUAAGUAGCAUGCCUUUGCCUUGUUUUAUUUUUAGUCGUUGCAAUAACUUUCUGUUUCGAACACUGCUCAAUUGAUGCAGAAAACUUAUGAAGUGUGAGCAAU